AUACACGGAGGACGUGCGCGCCGUUUUCUCCUACGUACCUAUUUCGCGCGACGGGUGUUUUAAAUUUUUUUCACAUUUAUCUAUCAUUUUUACGGAUACGAUUCGCGAAUUAUUUAUUUAAACUUUCGUGAUAACAAAUAUUGCGCGAUUAUUUUCAACAUAAUAAACUUUUUUUUAAAAACUAACUUCGAAGUACUACAUAAGUGAUAAGUGAACGACCUAUCUUGAAAAGCGGUUGAAUGUGGAGCAGAUUUUUGCCUAGAUAUUCGCCGAAGCACAUUGAGCGGUUAUUUUUGAUCUCGAGGAGUACCUAAGUGUAUGUGGAAUUGAAAUUGAAAUCGAGGUAAACCGUGAAAAAGACAACAUCGCCGAAGAAAUCGUACAGUAUACAAAACAAACCCACGAAGAUAGCUCGCGACUAUUGUAAUAAUGGAUUUAACGGCACACGCUUUCAACUUUAGCCCGCUGAUAGAGCUGCUGUUCCGCUAGUGUUCCACACAUGUGCGAGUGGAAUACGGCGGCGACUAAAAAUAAUCUAGUAACCACCGCGUCGCAUUACGAAGAAAGUGGGAGUCGCAUGCUGGGGGUCCAUCCAGUAGGUUUCAGCUCUUUACAGAGCUCGGCGGCGUCAGUGAUGUUGGGACCGCAUCAUAACGUGCAGCCUGGGGUGUCACACGCGUCAAAUUCGCCCGUAACGCCGAAUAACAUGAGUCCUUUAUUGCCUAGUUUCGGAUUUACGCAGGAACAAGUGGCGUGCGUUUGCGAAGUGUUGCAACAAUCGGGCAACAUCGAUCGAUUGGGGCGAUUUUUGUGGUCGUUGCCGGCUUGCGAGAAGUUGCACAAGAACGAGAGCGUACUAAAGGCCAAAGCCAUCGUCGCCUUUCACCGGGGCAACUUCAAAGACCUGUAUAGAAUCCUAGAAAGUCACCAGUUCUCGCCGCACAAUCAUCCGAAACUUCAAGCGCUCUGGUUAAAAGCACACUACGUCGAGGCGGAAAGACUACGAGGAAGACCGCUCGGAGCUGUUGGCAAAUAUCGCGUAAGAAGGAAGUUUCCUCUACCCAGAACUAUAUGGGAUGGCGAAGAGACUAGUUACUGUUUUAAAGAAAAAUCAAGAUCGGUAUUACGCGAUUGGUAUAAUCAUAAUCCUUAUCCUAGUCCCAGAGAGAAACGCGAAUUAGCCGAAACCACUGGUCUUACCACUACUCAAGUUUCAAACUGGUUCAAAAAUCGAAGACAACGUGACAGAGCAGCUGAGCAAAAAGAUGGGACGCCUAGUGUCAGUCCGACCGGUGCUGAAGAAAAUGAAAGCACCGAAAAAGGUGCUCUCGUCACGUCCAAUUCGAAUAUAGACUCAAGUUCCUCAGAAUCAAUCGACGGUGUUGACGUACAUCAUAAGUUUCCUCAAUCUAAUCAUACGAUUAUGCCACAAGAACAGUUGAUGCAUCACGAAUUAUACGGCAGUGGAUGCAUAAACGACAUAAAACCAGAUGUGAAUAGUAUAAACGUCAGUUCGAAUGUGAUCGCAUCUCAUACCGCGUCACCUUAUCAUCAUCAUCACCGACCGUCGCAUUUUUCAUUUCCUACGAUGCCCGAGUACCAUCAACAGACCGCCGAUACCAGCGCGCUUUUACACGAUUAUCAUUCUUUAUGACAAUGGGCUUCUGGCUAUGGUUAUAGCCAGUAAGUAUAAUUUAGCGACUGGACGCCCGCGAACUAUUCUAUAUGCAUCGCGUAUAUAGGUAUACUUUGAGCUUGAAAGUUACAACAAUCACCUUAUAACUAUACACUAUAAUAAUAUGAAAAUAUUGCAACGAUGACCGUGGCUACUUUUCAUUUUUUUAAAAUGUGGAUAGGCCUACAUGAGGUACCUAUCUAAUCGUUUGUUAUAAUACGUUUUAAUUUUACCUAUUACAUCUUUACGGAUACCUAAUUAACUCAAAGUUUUGUCGCAUUUAUACAAUUUUGUAUACCUAUACUUAGCGUUUUCAAUUUUCAAAUAGGUAGCUUAGAAAAUACAAGUAAAAACAAAAACCACUUCGUCGGCGUCAUUCGUUUGUCUGUGAUUAUACCUAUAUACUUAUUAUGAUACUUAAAUCGUGUGUUUUAAUUUAAAUUUAUGAUUAUGAAAAAGAGUAAAAAAAAAAAAAAGGUAAAACGUACAUAGUUUUUAUUCACUCUCAAAGAUGUUUUCUUAUAUUAUACCUAUUCGUAGAUAUUUACUAUACCAUAACAUUGUUUUUUUUUUCUUUUUAUACCUUUACGAAAAAAAUUUUUGUUUCUUUUCAAACAAGCAUUAGUCUUUAUAAAACGGCCAAAGAUAUACAAAUUUAUUGUUGUAUUAUAUGAAAUAAAAUUUUUCGAAAAAU